AAGUAAGUCUAAUUUGGGCUGGACACCGCUUCAUCUGGCAUGCUAUUUUGGACAUAGACAAGUGGCCCAGGAUCUGUUGAAGGCCGGUGCAGAAGUGAAUGUGUUAAACGACAUGGGAGACACGCCGCUUCAUCGGGCUGCCUUUACAGGACGAAAGGAGUUGGUAAUGUUUCUUCUAGAAUAUAAUGCUGAUACUACUGUUGUUAAUGGGAGUGGACAGACUGCAAAAGAAGUCACUCAUGACAAAGAAAUCAGAAACAUGCUUGAAGCUGUAGAAAGGACUCAGCAGAGAAAGCUUGAGGAAUUACUUUUAGCAGCAGCAAGAGAAGGCAAGACAACAGAACUCACAGCUCUGCUCAACAAGCCCAAUCCUCCUGAUGUUAACUGCUCGGAUCAGUUAGGAAAUACACCCUUGCAUUGUGCAGCUUACCGGGCCCAUAAACAAUGUGCCUUAAAACUUCUAAAAAGUGGAGCAGACCCUAAUCUGAAGAACAAAAAUGAUCAGAAACCUCUUGACCUUGCUCAGGGUGCUGAAAUUAAACAGAUUCUUCUUGGCAAUAAGGUCAUCUACAAAGCAUUGAAACGAUAUGAAGGCCCUCUCUGGAAGAGUUCAAGAUUUUUUGGCUGGAGAUUAUUCUGGGUAGUGUUAGAACAUGGAGUCCUUUCAUGGUAUAGGAAGCAGCCUGAUGCAGUUCAUGCUAUUCAUCGCCAGGGAUGCAAACACCUGACUCAAGCAGUAUGCACGGUAGGGUGAGACUCGUGUCUUGUGCUCUGUGAAAUCAGUUCUGCAAGCAA